AUGGAAACACCAAAAGAAGUUUUAGAAAAAGCAGAAAUCGAAGCGUCAAGUAAAGAACAACCAAGUGGAGGGAAGAACGAGAAAAAACCAGUCAACUUAAAAAAAAAUAAAAAAAGAGUAUCUGUUAAAAAGUCCAAAAAAAAAGCAUCUAAUUCUUUGAAGAACAGCCAAAAGAAUAUUACAAAAAUGAAUCAAAACAUGUCUACUACUAAUUCAAAUAUGUUGGCUGUGUGCCCACCGCCUCCUCCUCCUCCUCCUCCACCUCCACCUGUAACAAAACAAAACACAGAAACAUGGAAGUACAGGAAAAAUGCAAAUAUGAAUCACAAUAAUAGCCAUAACAUGAACUGUAAUCCGAUUUGUAGCGCUAACAAUAAUGCUAACUAUAACUCCAGUUAUAAUGCUAACUAUAAUACCAGCCGUAACACUAACUGUAAUCCUAAUGUGAAUUCUAACCCCAACCUGAACGUUAGUCAUAACCCUAAUAUGAACCUGCAUCCGAACCACCAUAUAUUAAGUCAACCGAGUUAUAAUCACAGCCCAAGCUUAAGUUAUCCACAGACCCCUCCACUUGUUCGUACACACCCGAAACACGCUAUGAAUAAUACAAAUAUACCAAGUUAUGAACCAAGUAUACAUAUAAAACCUCCUGAUGCUAAUAUAAGUAGUGUGCUAUAUAGUAGCAACAUGCUAAACAGUAGUAACAUACCAAACAGUAGUAACAUACCAAACAGUAGUAACAUACCAAACAGUAGUAACAUACCAAACAGUAGUAACAUGCCAAACAGUAAUAGCAUAUCAAACAGUAGUGGUAUGCUCAUGAAUGCAAAUCUUCAAUCAAAUAUAUACUAUAGUAACAAUACUAAAAAAAAUUAUAAUAUGAAUAAUUUAACAGAACCAGACAGUUAUAUGUCUACUCCAAUAUUGAGGCCUGCUCCACAGCAUGAUAGUAGUAACACUGUUAAUAUAAAUAUGGAAAAAAAAAAUAGCUUUAUAUCAAAUAGUUUUAUGCAUCAACAUAUUAAUGACUAUUCAUACAUAGAUAUACAACAGCAAAAUAAUAGUAGUAACAGUAAAAAAAUGUCUUUCCCGACAAUUGUAAAACCGAACUAUUCAAACAUGCAUACUCCAGAAGCUUCCAGUUAUUAUAUUUUGAAACCUCCAUGUGAUUUGGGUACGAAAAGUUUCCCAACCCUAACGAAACCUUCGCAAAAUCAGCUGCGCCCAAAUGAAUACAACGAUGAAAAAAUAAUAUGUUCAAAUUACCAGAAUAGCAUUGAAGAGAAUAAUAAUAUACCCAAAUAUUUUCAGCCGAGAAAUUUUGUUAACGAACCUAGUUUAAAUGUAUGGGGAAAUAACAUGAAUACCCCUGUACCCAACAACAUGUACGACAAUGUAGUUAAUGUGAAAUAUCAGAUAUACGAUCAAAAUAUUGACAAAUCCAAGUACAAGUACAAAGAGAAAGUUCUUAGGAUGAACAAUCCGUCCUAUGAUAAGAAGCCCCAUAAUAUAAUCGUUACAAAUAUACCAAAAAACUUAAGUUCGAGGGAAAUUUUGGAAACGUUCAGAUGUAUGGGAAAUGUGUUGCGAGCAGAUAUUAUGCUGACAAGCAAGGGUGAACAUUCAGGUUGCGCGUGCAUAACAUUUCCCGACUUGGAAUCAGCCGCCCUAGCAGCCAGUCGAUAUGAUGGUGGCACGUUAAAUAAUCAGAAAAUAAAGGUGUUUGUAGAAUAA